AGGCCGGGAACGGAAAGAGGCGGGAGCUCAGGGCGUCGAAUGAGAGCCGGCGAAAGGAGGCGGCACCUCUGCGUACGGCUGGGAGGCAUGGUAACUCGGCUACUGGCAAAGUUUGGGGAUUGGGAGCACUUGUGUCUCUGAGCAGAGGAGGGAAGUGAGAGGUGAUCUAUCAGCGCUAGGCCCGCGGCCUUUCCUUCAGCACGGAGAGGAAGAGAAAUAAAGGCUGGGCCACGUAUUAUAAUAAACAUAAAUAUACGGUGUGGUGGGAAGCCCAGACGGUGCAGCUCCAUUCACUGCGACAAUGUCCGAGGACCCCAGCUCCCUGCCCUGGUCAAUACAGAGGGAGGAUUAUGAGCUCAAGGAGGUCAUUGGUAGUGGAGCCACAGCUGUGGUUCAAGCUGCCUACUGCAUCCCAAAGAAGGAACGAGUUGCAAUCAAACGCAUCAAUCUGGAAAAAUGUCAGACCAGCAUGGAUGAACUCCUGAAAGAAAUUCAAGCAAUGAGUCAGUGCCAUCACAGGAACAUUGUGUCAUAUUAUACCUCAUUUGUGGUAAAGGAUGAGCUCUGGUUGGUGAUGAAGUUGCUCAGUGGUGGAUCUGUAUUAGAUAUCAUUAAACACGUGAUAGCAAAGGGGGAUCACAAAAAUGGAGUUUUGGAGGAAGCAGUCAUAGCUACCAUUCUGAAAGAAGUACUGGAGGGACUUGAUUAUCUGCACAAAAACGGGCAGAUUCAUAGAGAUGUGAAGGCAGGAAACAUUCUUCUUGGCGAGGAAGGCUCUGUGCAAAUUGCAGAUUUUGGUGUAAGUGCAUUCUUGGCAACAGGAGGUGACAUGACCAGGAAUAAAGUGAGAAAGACCUUUGUUGGCACACCCUGUUGGAUGGCGCCUGAAGUCAUGGAACAGGUUAAAGGGUAUGACUUCAAAGCAGACAUUUGGAGCUUUGGAAUUACAGCCAUUGAACUGGCUACAGGAGCAGCUCCUUAUCAUAAAUACCCACCAAUGAAGGUUUUAAUGCUAACUCUUCAGAAUGAUCCUCCCUGUUUGGAGACGGGUGUACAGGAUAAGGAAAUGGUGAAAAAAUAUGGCAAGUCCUUUAGGAAGAUGAUUUCACAGUGUCUACAGAAAGAUCCAGAAAAAAGACCUACAGCAGCAGAAUUUUUAAAGCACAAGUUUUUCCAAAAAGCAAAGAACAAGGAAUAUCUUGAAGAAAAAUUGCUAACUCGAGCACCUACGAUAGCUGAAAGAUCAAAAAAGGUGAGAAGGGUUCCAGGCUCCAGUGGUCGAUUACACAAAACGGAAGAUGGUGGCUGGGAAUGGAGCGAUGAUGAAUUGGAUGAAGAGAGUGAAGAAGGGAAGGCUGCAGUUUCUCAGUUGCGGUCUCCCCGAGUGAAGGAGUCUCCACAGGGUCCAGAUCUUUACGUAUCAGCAGAAGCACCAGGCUCAAAUAUUCAAGUUCCUGCCCAAAUCCCACAGGUGCUACCUCAGCCAACACCAAAAGUACCUGAUGCCACACCGGUGCCUGCUGUUCAGCCUUCAGUAAUAGCAGUCCCAACACCUGUGGCAAUGCCGGACCCUAGCCAACAAGCUCCAGCUCAGCAUCAACUACCUGCAUCUCAGCUGGCUCCUGGUUCUACUGCUGCAGAUUCGCACCAAACACCCAUUAGCCUUGUGUUAAGAUUGCGGAAUUUAAAGAAGGAGCUGAAUGACAUAAGAUUUGAAUUUACUCCAGGUAGAGAUACAGCAGAUGGUGUUUCCCAAGAACUUGUCUCUGCAGGUCUGGUUGAUGGAAGAGAUGUAGUAAUAGUUGCUGCAAAUCUACAGAAAAUAGUGGAUGAGCCAGCUGCAAAUAGAUCUGUCACUUUCAAAUUGGCUUCUGGAGUUGAAGAAUCAGAUAUUCCUGAUGAUGUUAAACUCAUAGGAUUUGCACAACUUACCAUUAGUUAAAUCACACUACAACAGAAUAUAAACCUGCUGACCCCGUCUGUGAAUAGGUAUCUCACUGGUGUUGGCCUGAGGAAACUUGUACUGCCAAAGAGUGAUGAUCUUUGCCUGUAGGACUCGCAACAUUUGCCCUGCCUCUCCCUGUAAUAAGGAAUGUACAACUAGAAGUGAACUGAGUAUUUGCUUUCACUACGCAAGAACGGAAUAGACGCCGUCAAGAGCUUUCUACAAGGUUUCGGCUUGCAGAUUCCUCCAUCUGAUGCUGGGUGCCUGAUGUAGGCAAACUAGAAUUGCCAGCUCUCAUCUGCUAUUUCUUCUCUUCUCUGCCUUUCCCCACCUCCAAUAACCCCUGCCACCCCCCCCUCCCCGUUUCUUUUCAAAAUUGCCUUACUUUUGACAGUGCUUUACUGAUCAGUGAAACAGAGAUGACUUCCCCACAGUUCUUGAGACCUAGUGCAUCAGAUUGAGAAAUUGUGUGGUUUCAGUAACUAGUCCUUAAGUUGAUUAGCCUUUUUCUUUUUUAAAAAAAAACAAAGGUGAAAACAAAUAUGGAUUACAAUUAAAUUACAAUUAAUCUAAAAAGUUUUUCCAAAGGGCUGCAACCCAAAGUGAUGGGCAGCAUGUCUUUUUGUGUAUGUGUUUAUUGUGCACUCAGGCUCCCAGGCACAUCAUUAAAUGCCUUUGUGAUCUAAAAGUAGAUUUUCUUUUUGUUUAUGUGUUAAAGGUAAAACAGAAUUUAAAUAUUAAAGAAGAAGAAUACUUUUUCCCCAGUCAUGUAAUAUAAACUGUUAUGGCACAAUCUGCAUCCCAUCUUUUAUAAUGCACAAAUAGAGUAUAAAGUUUAAAAAAACUCCCCAGUCACCUUACUUUUUUCUUAUUGACUCAUUCUUGGUGUAAUGAGAGCAUCUUUUUUCAACUGUCUGAUCUUGUAGCUCAAAGGAAUUUAAAAGUUUCACCUAUGAGUGUUGAAUUGUAUCAGAUUCUCUUGAAAGGUUGAAAGCAUGAUUUGAUUCAAGCCUUGGUAGUUUUGAGUGAUUUGUUAAACUUGUUACUCAUCUUGGGUCAUGUAAUGAAAAUAAUACAAGAUGUGCUACAUUCCACAUUAAUGUGAUUGGGGCUUACAUAAUGUAUUGGUACUGUCAUGCUGUAAAGGUCACAUGUAAGCCAAUACACCUUAAAGUUGCACUAAUACUCUGGUGUGAACCUAAUUUGUUAUCCCAGGUCUGCCCCACUAUAGCCAUCACUGACAUGUAUGCAAAAUGUUAUCCUGAUGCUAGACAGCUGCAGAAACUUUCCAGACGAUGUCUGAGCAGCAUAGAGAUGAACUGCUGUUUGUUUUUUUUUUGACAUAGUUUGAGAAUUUGUCCUGUCAUUACUGAUUUUGUAGUGACGACACAGUACUGGGUGCAACAAGUUGUCUUUGCAGCACUAGUUACAUAGGAAAUUCAACAGAGAUUCUGUGUAACAUCAACCAGUAGCAAUGGGGGUUCAGGUAGAAUGGGGUGGAUACAUUGCCCUGAUCAAGAUGUUGAAGGGGAUUGGCCGCCUGGUUUUGAACAGCCAUAGAUUGUGGUGUUUAGGACUAGCUGUUUAUGUGUACCACAGUUAUGUUUGUCCCCCACCCUACCUCAGCAGAUUUUUAUAGAUCCUAAGAAGUUUCUAUCCUGACUUCUCCACCAUGUGUAUCAGUUUACAGAGCAAUGCUGCCAUUAGGCAAAAAUGUUUGUGAUAAACAAGUUUGGUAAGGCUGAGAGAAGCCUUAAACUCUUAUUAUUUUAUCCAUCUAAAAAGAUCCUACAGUUUCCCCUACUUUUUUUUGCUGCAUCAUAUUGCCUCAUAACUAAUUCCAAGUAAUUAACUACUGUGUCUGGCAGUAUCUUGCAGUUGGUCACACUGAAGAAUUCCUUCCUGAUGCUGAUUUGCCAAUCUGGACAUGUGCCUCGAUCCAAGUCUCGAAAUUGAAAUUUAAAUUAAGCAUCAUUCCAGAUGAUCAUUUAUUUUCCUUCAUCCAUCUGAAUUGCUACUGUAAAGUCAUCUUUCUUUCCUAACUGAAAACCAAGAAGUAGAGAAUAAAAGGCAUUGUCCAUUGGGUAUGAUACACUGGCCCUCCAAUGGACACAUGACUAUCGACCUUGUGUAACCCAGCUUAAAACACACUCAUUUAAGGAAAGAUUUGUGGAGGAGUAACUGGAGCCACAUAAUUGCAUAGUUUGUUUGACUAGUGCUUUUAAAAUAUUGUUUAAAAACAAUCUGCUUAAUGUUGGAAAGAGAGAUUUGAAAGAGAUUCAUACGUUUUGAAAUUAUUGAGUUUGAUUGAAGUUGUGAACUAUGUAAAUAAGAAAAAUUGUUUUUAUAAUUAUUUUAAAAUCACUGAGUCCUUCACUCUUUGUUGAUCUACUGGCUUUGAACAUUUUAAGGAAAUGAAUAUUGGCUUUGGUAGGAAAGCUUUUGAUUUGUCUUCCAUCACAUGGGAAUUAUAGGAUCUUUCAUGUGACCCAGCGGCAUGAUUUCUAACAACUUUUUUCUAAGUUUGUAUAGACCUAGCACUGGUUAUUUUAUUAAUAUGUACCUAUUAACUGGGACUGAGGAUUGCUGUUGCUAAGGCUAACUCUCAAAUUGGUGUAAUACUGAUUGUAACACAGAGGUGUAAAAUAUUGUGAUCACUUUUCUUCAACAUGAUUGUUUUGGAUUUUUUUUGCAUGGUUUUGCUAAUUCCUUUUAAUCAAUAAACAGCAAACUAUC